UCGCUGUUUUCACUUCUUCCGAACCUCGCCGCCUUCAUCCGUCGGAUCCUCCUCUGCUCGACUACCACGCCGUGAUCCGCCACUGCGCGGAGUCCACGGCGGUCGAUGCGCGCCGGCGGUCCCUGGAGAUUGGUUCCGCGACAACGCCAAUCCCCACGGCCUGAACGCGUCGGAGCGAGCUAGCCAUCUGUCAACCGAAGGGAUGAACCGCCUUCCGGUAGGAGACAGGCCGCUCGAAGUGAUCUUGUCAUUUCGACGAGAGAUUCAUCGUCAGAGGGGGAUGCAGGUCAUAGAGAUGAUCCGCAAGUAUUGAAGGCCGAAUCUUCUUCCGCUUCCAUUUCUUGCCGAUCUCUUGCCCAGCUUCGAUCUACAAGGGAAAAACAUAAGCAAAAAGUCGUGGCUAGUUCUGGAGUCCAAAAGAUUAUGGCAGGUUCUCUUAUCAAAUCUAUUUGCUGAAUCUCCCAGAUGCAAACAUGUUCAACCGGACUCUGCUUUGCUGCGUCGUGAUCAUUAGUCCAAAAAAUAAGCUCUUCUGGCUCCAAAUGGUUGGAUGGGAUUCGGCCUCACGUCCAAGUCCAGUGGCAGGAUACGGUGAUAGAGACCAUCCGCUGCCGAUUAAAAACCUGAUAGCAAUGUCAACAGAGAACUGCAUCACUGGGUCCACUCUGAACAGCUCAGGGCAGCAAGUAAAACAGAAAAAACUUACUUCGGAUGUAAAUCACGGGUUGUUUUGGCUUACUAAUUGCUUUACAUUAGAAAACAGAGCCUCCAUGUUCACCUAUUUAAAAGAGCAGAACACCACAGUAACACUUUUGGACUUUUCCAUUAAUAUAUGCCUUAGGGUCCGUCCACCGUCUUAUUCAACAACUGCAUGGGCACGGUUAACUUCAUCGCAGACGUCUAAUGGGCAUACUAUAUCUGACUCAGUUCGUCUUGAGGUGUUUGAAUUCUUUAUCUAAAUAAGCCUCUUAUCUACUUAUCUAUCUGUAAUUUUGUAGUGCGGCUGUUGCAGUAUACUUGCCGCUGCAGCUGAAUGAAACGCACAUUGCAACCAACCAAGGCAAUCGAGGAGAUAGAAACAAUGGUAAGUGGCAGAUUGUAAAGCAGAUGAUAAAUUGGGAGGUUAAUUUGAUUACAGAAUCAACCAUGGGCAUAUCAUUGGAAUUUUUUCUCUGUGCAUGAUCUGCGUAAGUCUUCAAAGCAAAGGGACUACAUCUAACAGUGCCGCAGGAGCACCAUCGAGAGCAUAGCAGUAUUAGCAGAGGCGUAGCUGUCAAGACGCAAUUGAAAACAGGUCCCUUCUUUAACUAUAAUAAUGAGACUGUCAUUCCCUUCCCUUCUCUGAAAACCUUAACUGGGGAAGAGAGGAAGCAAGGAAUACCCAAGCGGCUAACCUCCAACACUCACCAUGGCAUCCUCCUCAGCUCACCUCCCUCUCUUCUUGUCUCUGUUACUCUCCUUCGGUAUCAUCCUCUGCUCUUCCUCUGAAUCAGACCUGCUUCUCAGUUUCAAAGCCUCCAUGGAGGACCCUACCUUGGUUCUGUCCGACUGGUCCCCGAACUCCUCACAUCACUGUAACUGGACUGGUAUCACUUGCUCCAAGACUACAUUUCUGGUUACGUCCAUAGAUCUUCACAACUUCAACCUCUCUGGCUACAUCUCUCCUUCCAUAUGUCGACUCCCUCAGCUUUCAGCCCUUAACCUUGCCAGCAACAACUUCAAUCAGGCCAUUGCUCUCCAACUCUCUGAGUGCUCUAGGCUUGCCACUCUCAACCUAAGCAGCAAUCUUCUCUGGGGAACACUUCCUGAACAAAUAGGUCUACUGUCAAGUUUGGUUACUCUUGAUUUCAGCAGGAACCGCAUUGAAGGGCAGAUACCACUCAGCUUGGGAUCCUUAGUGAGGCUCCAAGUCCUCAACUUAGGAAGUAACUUAUUCUCAGGUACCAUUCAUCCCCCUGUUUUGAAGAACUUGAGUGAGCUAGUCCUCCUUGAUUUGUCUCACAAUCCAUCUUUAGUAUCUCAACUGCCUCAAGAAAUUGGGGGACUUGCUAAAUUGAGAUGGCUGUUGAUGCAAAGAUCUGGUCUUUUCGGUAGGAUUCCUAAGUCCUUGCUUGAUCUCCAUGAACUUGAGGUUUUAGAUCUUUCCCAGAAUAACUUGACAGGGAUCAUCCCUUUGGGGUUUGGCUUAGGCCUUCUUAAGUUAGCUUCUGUUGACUUCUCACAGAACAUGCUCUCUGGGUCCUUUCCGACUGAUGUCUGCUAUGGAAAAGCUCUUGUAGAAUUAAAUCUUCAAGAGAACUCUUUCACGGGUCCAAUUUCUAAAAUCAUUGAGAAAUGCUUCAGUCUGGAGAGGCUUCAAGUGCAGGAUAAUAAAUUUUCUGAGGAGCUUCCAUCUGGUUUAUGGUCACUGCCCCAGUUAAAACUACUUAGAGCCGAGAACAACCUGUUCAUUGGUGAGAUGCCUGAUGUGGUUGGUGUUCCGUCUCAACUGGAGCAAAUUCAGAUUGAUAACAACAACUUCACAGGUGGAAUUUCAAGAGGCCUUGGAUUAAUUCACACCAUGUACAAAUUCUCAGCAUCAUUUAAUCGCUUCUCUGGUAAUCUCCCUGGUAAUAUCUUUGAUUCUCCUGCCUUGAGCAUCAUAAAUCUGUCCCACAAUUCUCUGACGGGACCAAUUCCAGAGCCCAGAAACUGCAGAAAGUUAGUUUCUUUAUCCCUGGCAGACAAUAGUUUGAGUGGAGGCAUACCACCUUCUCUCGGCCACUUACCAGUCCUGACGUAUCUUGACAUUUCCAACAACAGGAUUACUGGUGAAAUCCCACCUGAGCUUCAAAAUUUGAAGCUUGCACUAUUCAACGUUUCUUUCAACAAACUUUCAGGAAGUGUUCCAUCUCCUCUUGUUUCUGGUCUUCCAGCUUCCUUUCUACAGGGAAAUCCUGACUUGUGCGGAUCUGGAUUGUUGAAGCCGUGCAGUGUACAACCAGGAGGACAACACUCCAGGAACACUGGAUUUAUAUGGACAGUAAUUGUGAUAUCUAUCGCAGUUAGUCUCAUCUUAAUAUCUUCAGGGCUACUUAUUGUUUACAGGUUAUCUCAAAGUCGGCCUGGUUCAGGUAAAUGGAAAUCAGUCUUCUUCUAUCCUCUCAAGAUUACAGAAGAUGAAUUGCUGAUGGCUUUAGUUGAGAGAAAUGCUAUUGGUGAAGGAGCAUUUGGUAAAGUGUAUGCUAUCCAGACACCUGAUGGAACACACGUUGCCGUCAAGAGGUUACUCAACUCCAGCAAUUUGUCUUUCAGAACCGUGAAGGUUGAGAUUAAGAAUUUGGCGAAGGCCAGACAUCGAAAUGUCACCAAAUUGUUAGGCUUUUGUUACUCGAAGGGCACAAUCCUUCUCAUUUCUGAAUAUCUACCGAAAGGCAGCUUGGGAGAUGCUCUCCGCAAACCAGGCUUCUCCAUGGAUUGGCGUUUUCGCCUCAAAGUUGCUGUUGGAUCUGCACAAGGCUUACUGUACCUUCACAAGGAUUAUGGCUCGCAGAUACUUCAUAUUGAUAUGAAAUCUAACAACAUUCUUAUUGGUGAUGAUUUCGAACCAAAGAUAACUGACUUUGGUCUUCCUCGUGUAAUUGGGGAGGCAGCAUAUGAAUCAUCAGUAGCGUCUGAGCUGGGAAGCUUUUGCUAUUUGCCUCCAGAAUAUGGAUACAUCAAGAAACCAACAGAACAAAUGGAUGUGUACAGCUUCGGAGUCGUCUUGCUGGAGCUCAUCACCGGAAGGCCAGCGGAGCAACCGGAGUCCCGGGAGUCCGUCGACGUCGUCAAGCUAGUGAGAAGAAAGGUAAACGUGACGAACGGAGCUCUUCAAGUUCUAGAUCCCAAGAUCUCGAGCUCAGAGCAGCAUGACAUGCUGGAGGUGUUGGGUCUUGCUCUUCGAUGCACCUCCGUUUUGCCGGAGAAGCGACCGACCAUCGUCGAGGUUGUCCGGUCGUUGCAGUCACUCGAGCCGAUCACCCAACCUCCGAUGCUCAUCGUCGACGGCGAGCUGCCUUGAGUAAAUGGAUUAACGGCGUGUUUUUUUUUGCCCUUUUUGUCAUUAUGUUGCUCAAAUCGUCGUUGAAUUCGUACAAAUUCGAUCAGCGGGUUUGACGAGAAGAGUUUGGAUUGGCCGCCACAAGUCACUAGAUGCAUUGAAUCCCACGUGGUCUGACCGAGCCUGCCAUCCGAUUGACCGUAGUCAAAUAUUAUUGAUUCUCGAAAA